AUGGAAACUCCUUGCGACUUCAUGGCGGUAAUCCGCGUCCGGCUAACGCCAGCCUCCCGGACACCAUUGGAUGAAACUGUUUGGAGUUGGCUCUUCGACAGCAAAGCAUCCCCUUUGACCAAACACGGUGCUUCUGAAAUCAAAGGAUUCACCAAUGUCACCACACAGGAACGCCUCAGUUAUCUCGAUGUAAAAGAGUACUCAAUAUCGCUCUCUACAGCUUUGGCCAAGAGAUGCGGCAUGCUUGCAAAAGACGUAGUUGCGAUCUUCAGCCUAAACACUAUUUGGUAUCCGGUGGCUAUGUUUGCCGUUUCGCGACUUGGUGGUGUUAUUUGCGGAGCCUCACCAUCGUAUAAUGUUGAAGAGAUGACUACAGCGCUCACCGUAGCCGGUGCAAAAUUUCUCUUUACUGUGCCUUCAUGCAUAGAUAUUGCGGAACAAUCAGCACAAAAGAGUGGAAUUCCCAAGCAAAACAUAAUACUCCUCGAAGGCGAAGUUGAAGGUUACCAGAAUUUGAGGCAACUGAUUCGUAUUGGAAGGGAGCUCGGCUCUUUGGGGCAGAUUCAGGGGUUUAGGUAUUCUGGUGUUCAGACAGCUGCCAAUGUUUGCGCUUUUCUUGGAUUUACAAGUGGAACUACUGGUGUUCCAAAAGCAUGUUUACAAGUCCAAGCUGUUACUCCUUUGGAUCACAAAAAGACUUUAGCGGCUUUACCGCUGUAUCACAUAACGGGACUUGUCCAUAUCUUGCACCUACCAAUUCUUCUCAAUGCCGAAGUCUUCAUGCUCCCAUCAUUCACCCUGGAGAGUAUGCUCGAAACUGUCGCCCAGAACAAGAUUGAAGAACUCCUUCUCGUUCCACCAAUUUUGAUUCGUAUGGUGCACGAUCCUAUAGUAGACCGCUACGAUUUGUGCCACAUUCGUCGAUUCUCUACAGGCGCUGCACCGAUUAGUGGAGAGAUCGUCGAAUUUCUGAGGAAGAAAUUUCCCCAAACUGGGUUCAAGCAACAAUAUGGCAUGACGGAGAGUUGCAGUUGUAUUACUUCCCAUACACCGAAGACAUAUGACUACAAAUUUGCUAGGACGGUUGGAACCGCAAUGCCAUCAACGGAGCUCAAGAUAGUGGAUUCGAACGAAAAGGAAGUAAAGAUUGGCGAACCAGGGGAGCUUUUAGCCAAGGGGCCUCAAAUCACAAUGGGAUACCUCGAGAACGAGGAGGCAACAAGGGAGACCUUUACGAGUGAUGGAUUUUUGAGGACUGGAGAUGAAGCAAUUAUUGACAAAAAUGGCAUGGUUACUAUCACAGAUCGCAUCAAGGAGAUGAUUAAGGUCAAAGGCAUAGCUGUAGCCCCAGCAGAACUCGAGGAUCUGUUGUUGGGACAUCCGCUGAUUGACGAUGUUGCGGUGGUAGGAAUUCCUGACGCAUUUGCAGGAGAGAGGCCCAAGGCAUUUAUUAUGAGGAAGCAAGUGGAUAUACCACAAGAAGAAGCAAAGCUGGUAAAAGAACUUAUUGAUUAU